AUGCGUCUCGCCUAUCUCAUUCUCUCUGUCUUUGUCGCUGCCGUGGCUGCGGUGCCGAACCAAUGCACCCCCAACGGUUUGCCAUGCGAUUCGCAGACUCCUUGCUGCUCGAAGCUCUGCGUCAUCAAGGGUGAUAUCGGCAGCCCCAACGAGAAUGAAUACCAGUGGAAAUCCCUUUUCCAGCACGGCCAUGAGGAAUGCGCAGAUACUUACUUCAUCGAGUGCCCACGCUCCAUAGGGGGCAGUUUUGAUAAGAUCGACAAACUCAUGGAGGAUCCGCCGUUCCGCACAGUCGAUCUUUGUCUCGCGAUCUGA